AUGGGAGAUCUUUCAGAUUAUUUCAGUCAAUUUGGCAUUGUUAAAUCCUGCACUAUAAAGAUAGAUAAGACAACAGGGCAACCCAGAGGGUUUGGUUUUGUUAUAUUUUCCACAGAUGACGCUAUUGAUAAGGUUCUUGCCAUUAAUAGCCACCGUCUAAAUAAUAGAAAAAUUGAUCCUAAGGUUGCCAAGCCCACUCGGGAUCAGCAAAGGAAAGUUUUUGUUGGCGGUCUUGAUCCUAAUACCUUGGAGCAUGUCGAGUCAAUAGAUCUACCGUAUGAUGGCCCUCGCGGAAGGCGAAAAGAAUUUGCUUUUAUUACAUUUGCCUCCGAGGAUGAUGCAAAGCGAGCAGCCUCUAAAGAUCAACAAGAAAUUCAAGGAAGAAUGUGUGAUGUCAGAAUAGCUGUCCACAGAGACCCCAAGCCCCGCCCUCUGGAUUUCUCCAAAACCUUAAAUAUUUACACGAAUGGAUUAAAUGUGGCGGCUGCUGUCUAUCAACAGCAGCAGCGAGUUCCUGUGUCUGCCUCCGUUGGCGUAGUUCCGCAUCAGACUCAAUCAACCUUUGUACCUCCACAUUAUAUCUACAACUCUGUAACACAAAUGCCAAGCGCCGUCCCUUCUUGGAUAAGUGAUCCAUCGGUUGCUGCCAUGCUUCUACAUCGCUACCCUCUAUUUUCCAAUCCUGAAUACUCAAGGUCAUCUGCUACUGCUUUCGCUUCCCAUUAUGCUGCAGCCAUGGGUCUAAAUCCAGGGUUGGUCCAUCAUUUGCCAUCUGCUUCCCAUCACCCAGUCACUAUACCGCAGUCGUCUCGUAUUAAUAACUUUCCACAGCUCCAUUCUAACUGCGAUAGUAAUCCUCCGCAUACUGUGCAGCAGCAUACUAUUCCUGGCCCACCGGGGCUUCUUCUUGUUCCGAAUGUUUCACCUCAAACCUCUGUAGCUCUUCUCAAUAACUCGCACUCAGCUGCAGCGUCUAUGUCAAGCACCCUCUCUUCUGCUCCUAUUCCGGUCACUUCAAAUCCUUCUGAUACGAACGUUGCAUACGCACAUGUGUCAACGGGCUCAUCUGGCAUAAGCCCCUACUCUUUACAUUUUUAUAUGCCUCCGGUCCAGGGUCCAGCCAAUGUUUCCUAUCCCUCUGGAGUUGCAUUAGCAGCUGGGGCUACUCCUCAGGCAUCUAUGGGCUUUUCUUCCGGUAGUGUACAUUCAGAUUAUGCAUUUACUGGCUCUGGAAUGAUUGAUCCUAACACGUUUCUCCCUCCUAGUAUUUAUCCUUCCUUGGUUGGUCAGAAGCCACAGCCUUGUUUAUCUUCUUUGACUUCCACUAAUCCUAUUGCUGCGCACUCACUGUCAUCAGCUUCGGGGACCCCUUCUGCAAUGAUGACUGCUGUAACUUCGCCCUGCCUAACUGCGAGCCCGAAUAUUCAACAGCUCGCUUCCGUCCAGGUUUCUCCUCUUGAUUUUUAUGUAACUCCUGGGUUUCAGCAGCAUUCUAAUACUGGGACCCAGCAACAGGCCAAUCUUCCUUAUCUUUCUCAAUGCAACUAUCCUAUAGCUGGAGUACACCCGGUUGUACCCGGUUAUCCUCUUUUAUCUCUUUCCAAUACUCAAUCUAGGCUCCCUCAAAUCAUUCCUCAGGCUCAAAUUCAAAACGGCUCCUUUCUUCCCCUUGUCGGAGAUGUGCCCGGAUCUUCUAUAAGAUCACAUACGGGAACGUCUCCACAGCAGAAUUUGAUCCCUGCUUCCAACGAAACUCAGCCAUAUAAUUUCUUACAGCAACGCCAACUGCACCAAUCCCAAUCAAAUUCUCUGAGUGUUUCAACAAUUCUUGAUUCUAGUAUUCAGCAACAUAAUCAUCAGUCUUCCCAACAGCAUCACUUACCCGCUUCUUCAAACGGCGGACUCUGUUUUCCCCUAUUGGUACCAUUAGGGGUCACUCAGAAUAAAGUGACUGCUGCCUCGACUCAUGGGCAACCACUACAGACUCGCCCAAUUGGCUUGAUGUCCUCUGGUUUCACUAACCAGCCAUCAAACUUUCCUAUGAUAGUACCCACUCACCAACCUAGCCCAUCAGUACAGGUUUCGUCAAGUCUUCUCCAACAACCGUCUCUGCAUAGUAAUCAGCAUUUGUCCUACAGCCACACUCCUGGUGGUAUCCCGCGCCUGUGGCCCCCAGGGUGUUUGCAGAGUCAAAACAAUCAUAUCAAUUCGUCAGUAGUUGGGGCGCGCCAAGAGUCGGCCACUUCCGGAUCAUUCCAUGGAGCCUAUAAUUACCAUUACCACCUCCAACCUUGCCAACAUCAACCCAAUUUGCAUUCAAACCAAUCACAUUAUAGUGCACCGCAAUAUCCCAUCAGGCAUCAUCAUUGCUCUCCACGUCAUCAGAACAGCGGUACAAUCAACGUAGCCGCUCAUAGUUUGCAUAGGGAAAUACCUGCGAUAAGCAGAGCUCCUAAGAGGGUACUGGUAGUCAAUUGUGGUGUUGGGGCCGGGAUUAAUUAUGAACACAUCGCGAUUGAGUCUUCUUGUGAUGUUGAUGAGUCCUCUGUUCAUGGAGAAUCUAAUGAAGCUACGGAGUCUGAGGAUCUUCAUUUGAACGGUGACGUCGAUCAGCCAGACUCCGUUAUAGCACAAGAAGUGGCAAAUUCCCAUGAGACGAUUAAACUUGAACACGAAGAUCUAGCUCCCCAAACCGGUUGCCUUGUCUCAUUUGAGCAUUCCCGUGUCCAUCGUUCCGCUUUAUCAAAAGCAGUGGUUGUGGAGAAUUUAGCA